CAGAGAACUAGCAUUUGGUGUUUAACUCAUGAUUAGCAAUAACAUUGCAUUUUCUUGGAGUAUUCUUGAAGGCUUCCUUAGUCUCUUUCUCUGACAUUCAUUCCUCUUCAAAGGAUACACUGAUUUUUUUUUAUACUUUUCUAGUUUACAUGUAAAACCAAUUCGCAUUAUAUUGUGACUCAUACUAUUCUCAACAUUUGUCUUUAGUUAUAUCUCUGAUUUUACGGCACGGAAAGAGCAUAAACAAGUCAAUGGGGAACUGUUGCAGUCAUUCAUCUAGUUCAAAUGGUGAUGAUCAUCCCAACGCGAAGAACCAUUUAGGGAGGACUGAAUUCUCUGCUGGUCUCAGCAAAAUAAGACUAAUACAGAAUGACAAUUCUACUUCUGGUGGUGGGUGUAGCAGCCAAUUUGGAGGAAGCAGUAGUCUGUUUGGGCCAAGUAGUGGCAAUAAUCACACAUCAGGGAAUAACACUAGCACGACAUUUUGGGGCUCUGAUAAUAGCCACACCUCUGGAGUCAGAGAUGGAGAGGAAUUUUCUCAAGGUGAGAUCUUGAAUGCUCCAAACUCGAGAGUAUUUACUUUUGCAGAACUGAGAGCUGCCACAAAAAAUUUCAGAGCUGACAGUGUGAUAGGAGAGGGGGGUUUUGGUAGAGUAUACAAGGGUUUCAUUAGAGGUGAGGGAUUGACCAUUGCGAUCAAGAAAUGGAAUCCCGGAAGCUUGCAAGGAGUUGCGGAAUGGCAGUCAGAGGUGAAUUUCUUAGGGAGGCUUUCUCAUCCCAACCUUGUUAAGUUGUUGGGAUUUGGGCGAGAGAACAGUGAGCUGUUCCUGGUGUAUGAAUUCAUGCAUCGUGGCACCUUGGAUAACCACCUAUUUGGAAGAGGUGCAAAUGUUCGACCACUUUCUUGGGAUACAAGGCUGAAGGUGAUGAUUGACGCAGCUAGGGGACUCAAUUUCCUUCAUUCCAUGGAAAUGAAAAUCGUACACAGAGAUUUUAAGCCCUCAAAUAUACUACUUGACGAGACAUUCACGGCAAAGUUAUCAGACUUUGGGUUAGCCAAAUGUUUUUCUUCGCUUGAUCAGACUCACGUAACAACACGAGUUGUGGGAACAGGAGGCUAUGCCGCUCCUGAGUAUGUAGCAACAGGUCGUUUGAAAGUGAAAAGUGAUGUGUAUGCAUUUGGAAUUGUUGUGAUGGAGGUGCUGACAGGGAAAAGAAUGCAAGAUAUAAGGCGAUUGCUGAAGCAAAAGUCCUUGAGUGAUUGGGUGAAAUCAAAUAUAGUAAAUAGAGGGAAAAUAGGAAUGAGUAUGGAUGCAAAGUUGGAAGGACUGUAUCCAACCAACUUAGCUUUAGAGGUAGCUCAAUUAGGUCUGAAAUGCAUCCAAACAGAAGUCAAUGUGAGGCCAUCAAUGAAAGAAGUUGUUGAAAGAUUGGAACAGAUUGAAGCAGAUAAUCAGAAUCCAGCUGGCAACAGUUAUAAGAGAAGACGUGUUAACAACGCGAUCAGCAAGAUGGUGGUCAACUGAAUUCAACCCAUCGCCACUUAGAAAUUAUUACAAAUUAUUUAUUUAUAUUUUUUAAUAAGUAAAACUUAGCUUCUAUUUCUUAGAAAUUAAACAAAUUGAAUUUGUUAAACAUAACCUGCAUCGUUGGUGAUCAGUUAUUAUUAUUUAUUUAUCGUGGA